GAAAUACCCGUUCUUAUAUCAAAUGUAUUAAUUUGUGUCUUGUGUCGUGGAUGCAAGACUAAAUAACUUUCCGCACGUUGUAUGUUCAUUGUGUGUAGUGUAGAUUGUUUUACUUUUGGUGGAGCACAGUGCAAUAGACACAAGUCAUGGAUGGCAGUAAUUAUGCAGCUGAGACAAGCGCUGAGGGCUACAUAAAAGCCACAGUUAUCUACCCUAACGGCACAAAGAACUGCAGACAAUUACCUUUGAUGGAUGAAGAUGGAGAUGACAUGAAGAUCUCAGAGAUUAAAAAAAUGUUGUUUGACAAGCUACCAGACCACAACCCCGAGGACUACAACUUGGUGCUCUUCAAAGAGGAAGGAAGGUUCAUUGCUGCCGACACUGAAGGGAUUACCGACUACUUUGACCAGAUCUACAAGGACAAGUACACAAUCACAUUUGAGAAGAGAGAGGAUUAAAGACAAGCUGAAACAAAACUAUACAUAAAAAGAGACAAAGUAUUAUUGUUUGAACGAAAGAGAUGAUCUUACAAUAGAAACUCAAAGAUUGAAAGUUGUGUGGUAUUAUAGUGUACUUCUCCACGAGUUACAAAAAAACACAAAAAAAGCUGUUGAAUGUAUCAACACAUAUUUUUUUUAAAGCUUAUUGCUUCUUGAUCAUUUUUUUUUGCUAUCAAGUCGUAUUUAAUUUGAUCUUUUAUAUUUUCUUGUCUUUUCUAAGCGAAAUAGUUGUCUUUUCUCUUACUAAUCAACAUAAAUUUAAAAUAUUUCGCUUAAGUAUUUUUUUAUUGUCUGCUUCCUUUACAAGCAUUGAGAUCUAGCACAUGUAUCACUAUCGCUAUUACAGACAUCUAUCAACAGAGCCACUUCAUCCUGUAUCAUACGUGUCGGUAUCACUAUGUCUCAGCGUCUCUAUUGUUACAGAGUCAGUCGUCAGAGACAGCUGGGUGAUAUGUCCAUUCAAUUUACACACCAGGAACUCCCAUGUAUACCACUGCUGCCUUACCCUGUCCUCAAAGUAGUUGUACAUAAUUAAAAAUUAUAUUAAUGUAUUAAUUAAAUAAGUAUGAAGUACUUCUCUCAUACUUGGCCAUCUUUAGGGCAGGUGAUGGAAAUGACAUUCCAAAGUAAACAUGCCAGUGUAUUGGGCCCUCUUUCUUUACUGCUCUACUGAAUAGAAACUGUUGUAUUGUGUAUGUGCAUAGCUUAUGAACUCACUGUAACGUGCACUAUGCAACUAAAAUACAACUUUUAAUUACAUCCUUUGGUGAAGUAGAAAUGAAGACGCAUAAAAAAAACAUUUUUUUAAUCUGUGUGUCAUUUAUUGCUGAGAGCUGUUAAACUGUGUUGUUAAGUAAACUACAUAUAAUAUGUUGUAUUUUAAAUGUUCAUUUGUCAAGCAAUAAACAUUUCUUGUAGUCCCAUGAA